AUGCUUUUAAGCGGCAAAUCGCGCGAGCAACCGCGCGGCGGUGCGAAAAAGUCGAAAAACUCGUCGAAAAAGCCACACGAAGUUCGAGGAAAGAAUUCGUCGCGCGCGGACGAGGACGCGUACAGAGACCGCGCGCGCGAGCGGCGCGAACGCGGUGACGAUGCGAAUGACGCUCUGGACGGCCCAAGCGCGGAAGCCGCGCUCGGACGCGAACGUGGGGUGUUCGAGCGGGAAGACGCGGCGACGCGCGGGGACGGGACGGCGACGACGACGGAGUACGCUCGAAUGAAAACGAUUGAGGAGAGUAAAUACCUCGGAGGAGACGUCGAAAGAACGCAUUUAGUGAAAGGAUUAGAUUUUGCGCUGUUGAAUAAGGUUCGGAGCGAGAUUAAGGACACGAAGGCGAUGGAAGAUGAAGAGCGGGUGGCCGCGACGGCGGAACGAGAGGGCGGGAAGCCGAGAUUUACAACAGCUUCGGCUCGAGCGAUUUAUGAGUUUAUGAGGAAUGGAUCGAAAGCAAGCGUGCGUGGGAAAGCGCAUAACAUAGCAAGUGGUGCGGUAAGUUAUAGUUUUGAUUUAGCGGCGAACUCGAGGCGAGAUGUGCCGACGACGUUGCACAAGGCGACGGACGAUGACGGCAUGGCGGGUGUGCGCGCGCUUCGAGCGUACGUCGAUCCCGCGAAGGAUGCGUCUCUUCUCGUGCGUUUGGGCAAGUUGAUGCACUACUUGGCGCUGGGUUCUACCAACGCAAUCAAGAAAUUUCGACGGGAAGAGCGAAGAACGGCGGCGGAAGAGGCGAAGGCGAAGGCUGAAGCGGCGGCGCGCGCCGCGCGCGUCGACGCGCCGGAUGCGGCGCCGGGAGACGCGUCGAGCGACGAAGACAUCUUUGCCGAUGCGGGAAAAGAUUACGAACCGACGUACGAGAAAAAAGAGGAUACGGCGGCGAGUGAUAAAGAUGCGACCGCGUCGCGGGCAAUUUUUGGUAACGAAGCGAGUGCGCCCGCGCCCAAGGCGAAGCAAAUCGCCGCCGACGACUACGUCGAAGAGGAAGACGAAGACCGCCCCGUCAACGCCUUCGCGUCGUUCGGUGAUUACGACGAGUGCUACCCCGGCUACGAUGUCGACAUGGACGACACCGGUGGUUUUGACAAGCGCGGCGAUAAGGGCAACGCCGACGGCGAAGGCGCGAGCGAAGAAGCGGCGAAGAAGGACGCGCUUCGCAAAAAGCGUCAACUCGGCAACGAGUUUAGCAAAAUCCGCGCGCUCGUCAAGGACAAGUUCGGCGAAAAAGACGACGUUGCGUUCGAGGACGAAUCCAAAAAGUCUAAAGCCCCCAAGCAAACCGCCCCCGCGGCUUCGAAGGAGAAACGAAGCGACGACACCGAUGGCCGCGGCGGCGGCGGCGCUAGAAAAAAGCUUCGCUUGUGA